AUGCAUUGGAUUGGCGUGUAUUGUUUUUUGUCGUUAUUUAUUUAUGUUUUACCAGAUAAUCAUAAUCCAAUAAAUAAGCGGACAUUUAUUGUAGAUUAUGAAAAAAAUGAAUUCCUAAAAGACGGAGAAGUAUUCCGAUAUAUUUCUGGUGAUCUACACUAUUUUCGAAUUCCUAAACUUUAUUGGAAAGAUAGAAUUCAAAAGAUAAAAGCUGCUGGAUUAAAUGCCAUAACAACUUAUGUAGAAUGGAGCUUACACGAACCGUUCCCUGGUAUAUAUAAUUUCGAAGGGAUGGCCGAUUUGGAGUAUUUUAUAAAAUUAAUCCAAGACGAAGGGAUGUAUUUACUCUUGAGACCUGGACCAUAUAUAUGUGCUGAACGUGAUUUUGGUGGAUUUCCAUAUUGGAUAUUGAACGUUACGCCUAAAAGGAGUUUGAGAACUAAUGAUUCAAGUUUUAAAAAAUAUGUUUCGAAAUGGUUUAGUGUUCUUAUGCCAAAAGUCCAACCUUAUUUGUAUGGAAACGGUGGGAAUAUCAUUAUGGUCCAGGUGGAAAAUGAGUAUGGGAGUUACUAUGCAUGUGAUUCAGACUAUAAACUGUGGUUACGUGAUUUAUUUAAAGGAUACGUAGAAAAUAAAGCUUUACUCUAUACAGUUGAUAUGUGUCAACAAAGUAGUUUUGAUUGUGGCUCUAUACCAGAAGUUUACGCAACCGUUGAUUUUGGAAUUUCAAAAAACGCUUCUGAAUGUUUUAAUUUAAUGAAAAAGUUUCAAAAAGGAGGACCUCCAGUCAACUCUGAGUUUUAUCCGGGUUGGUUGGCUCAUUGGCAGGAACCACAUCCUAAAGUAAAUUCUAGCGAUGUUGUAAGGCAAAUGAAAUCAAUGCUUUCGAUGAACGCUUCGUUUAGUUUUUAUAUGUUUCACGGAGGUACAAACUUUGGAUUUACAUCUGGCGCUAAUACCAACGACACUAACGAGAAUAUUGGAUAUAUACCUCAACUGACAUCAUAUGACUAUGAUGCUCCAUUAACCGAAGCAGGUGACCUGACCGAAAAAUAUUUUAAAAUUAAACAGACACUUGAUAAUGCCAAAUACUCUGGUACCAACGAUACAUUACCGACUCAAAUGCUUAAAGCAGCCUAUGGUGUAUACUAUUUACAACCAUUGGUUAGUAUAUUUGAAACAGUUACUCAUCGAAUCGAACCAGUGUCAAGUGUUGCGCCGAUAACGUUUGAGGAUAUGGAUAUAAAUACUGGUUUCGUAAUGUAUGAAACAAUACUACUAAAUAAUAAGUUCCAAAAUCCUGUAAAUUUAACUGUGAACUCUGUAAGAGAUCGAGCAAUCAUAUACCUGGAUCAAGUUCAAGUUGGUACUAUGAAUCGAUUAAAAGCAAACACGACUAUACUUUUAAAUAUUAAUAACAAUUCUGCUCAAAAACUGAGUAUUUUGAUUGAGAACCAAGGAAGAAUCAAUUACGGAGAUUUUAUGGAAGACAGAAAGGGAAUUUUGGGUGAUGUAAUACUUGAAAAUACAAAACUAGGUCCAUGGAAAAUGAUUGCGCAUCCUCUAAAUGAAACGUCUUGGCUUUCUUCAAUCAAACCAGUGGAAAAUGUCCAAGUACCGGCAUUUUAUAAAACACAAUUUUCUUUACCAGAAAAUUAUACAAAUACUUUGGAUACAUACCUGGAUACUUCAGGUUGGACGAAGGGAGUGGUAUUUUUAAAUGAUAAAAAUCUAGGUCGAUAUUGGCCACUUGCCGGACCUCAAGUUACACUUUACGUACCCGCUACUUUUCUAAAGCCGCCGCCCAAUAUCAAUACACUUGUUAUGUUUGAACUUGAAAAUGCACCUCAAGAUUUAGCAAUUAAAUUUGUAGACAAACCAAUUCUCAAUGGCCCAAUACAAAUAUAAAUUAAAAUACAUAAUAUGAUGUAUAUCACUAAAUAUUUUUUUUUAAUAUGAAAUUAAUAUUUUUUUUUUACGUUUAAUCGUGUAUGUAAAAAUGUCUUCAAGAAACUUAGCUUUAUUGGUAGAUUAUCAUUCAAUUAUAAAUUUAAUGAAGGGAGGGUAUUAGAAUAGUUAAAU